GUAUGCUCAGAUCAUCCCAAGCAUCCAAGAACACACAAGUAUAUCCCCAGAACCAUUAAACUAAUCGACAAUUCUUAUGAACACGACCUCAAAAAUCUUUAUAAACUAAUUACACUAUAAACAGAAACCACCUUCAUCUACAUCACUACAAUCAUAACCCAUAUGAAACUAUCAAUGGCAUCCAUUAAAACUCUCCUCUGUGUCACAUUCAUAUCCUUAUCCAUAAUCCAAUUAGCAGUCUCAACCGAUCCCGACAUCCUAACCGACUAUGUCCUACCACCAAACACAACCGUAACCGAUCCAAACUAUUUCACAUUCACGGGGCUCCGAACACUCGUGGAUGCAACCUAUCCAAUUGCUUUUACAGCAAUUAAAGUAACCCAAAACGAAUUCCCAGGUUUAAUGGGCCAAAGUGUGUCCUAUGCUAUUCUCGAGUUCCCAAUCGGGUCUAUCAACCCGCUCCAUAUCCACCCGCGGGCUACUGAGCUUUUGUUUGUGAUUGCAGGCUCGUUACAAGUCGGGUUUGUUGAUACCUCCAACAAGCUUUUUACUCAGAAGCUUGUGACUGGUGACAUGUUUGUGUUCCCUAAAGGACUUGUGCAUUUUCAGUACAAUUCUAAUGCAACUGAACCUGCUUUGGCUGUUUCGGCUUUUGGGAGUGCAAAUGCAGGGACACAGUCGAUUGCGAAUAGUGUUUUUAAUAGUACGAUUUAUGAGGGGAUUUUGGCUCAAUCGUUUAAUACUAGUGCAGAUAUUGUUGAAACGAUUGAGUCUGGCCUCAAGGGGUGAUUGGUGAGGUGUUGAUAAGUUUCUAGUUUCUUUUGGUGAGAUUGUUGCUUGAUAUUUGAAAAUAAUUGUUGAUAUUGAUUCAACUUUACAGAACUGUUUGUAGAGUUUUGCUUUUUGAUAGGAUUGUUGAUUGAAAUUUGAAGGUGUGUAUUGACAUUAAAAAUCUAUGAUACAGAAAUUGAAUGAUA